ACCCAGAAGGCACAAUGAGUGUUAAAGCUUUCAAGCUCGUUUCCGCUGUUGAGCGGGAGAUGUUAAUGGGGGACAAAGCUCACAUCAACAUCGAAUGCAUUGAGUGUUGUGGAAAGAACCUGUAUAUUGGAACCAAUGACUGCUUUAUCUAUCACUUUCUGUUGGAUGAAAAGAUAUCAACAGCUGGAAAAAUAACUUUUGCUGCCACCAAGCAACUGCAUAAAUACCUGGGCUUCAAGAAGUCUGUGAGUGAGCUAAAAGCAGCUUCUGCACUCACCAGGCUUCUUGUGCUUUGUGACAACACAAUAACACUAGUUAAUAUGAUGAAUUUGGAACCUGUUCCCACUGGUGCUAGAAUCAAAGGAGCUGUGACAUUCACGUUAAAUGAAAACCCUGUGAGUGGAGACCCUUUCUGUGUUGAAGUCUGCAUUAUCUCAGUCAAGCGUCGGACCAUUCAAAUGUUCAUGGUGUUUGAAGACAGAGUCCAGAUAGUGAAGGAAGUGUUUACUCCAGAGCAACCCUACGCUGUGGCUGUAGAUGGUCAUUACCUAUGUCUUGCACUUACUACACAAUAUAUCAUAUUGAACUAUAAUACUGGCAUCUCCCAGGAUCUAUUUCCCUAUUGCAGUGAUGAGAAACGGCCAAUUGUGAAAAGGAUAGGCAGACAGGAGUUUCUGUUGGCUGGUCCUGGAGGGCUAGGCAUGUUUGCAACCGUAGAUGGCAUUUCACAGCGUGCCCCCGUGCACUGGUCGGAGAACGUGAUUGGAGCAGCCUUGUGCUUUCCUUACGUGGUUGCUCUAGAUGAUGAGUUCAUUACAGUGCACAGCAUGCUGGACCAGCAGCAAAAGCAAACCCUACCUUUUAAAGAAGGUCACAUUCUACAGGACUUUGAAGGCAAGGUAAUCGUUGCUACUAAUAAGGGUGUAUAUAUCUUGGUGCCACUACCUUUGGAAAAACAGAUUCAGGAUCUUCUAGCUAGCCGCAGAGUGGAAGAAGCCCUUGUUUUAGCAAAAGGAGCUCGAAGGAACAUUCCGAAAGAGAAGUUUCAGGUAAUGUACAAACGAAUCCUGCAGCAAGCAGGUUUUAUUCAGUUUGCACAGCUUCAGUUCCUUGAAGCAAAAGAGCUCUUCAGAAGCGGCCAGCUUGAUGUCCGGGAGCUGAUCUCUCUGUACCCCUUCCUGUUGCCUACUUCCUCUUCAUUUAUACGGUCUCAUCCCCCUCUGCAUGAGUAUGCUGACCUAAACCAGCUGACACAAGGGGACCAGGAGAAGAUGACGAAAUGCAAACGGUUCCUUAUGAGCUACUUAAGUGAAGUCCGCAGUACUGAUGUUGCAAACGGCUACAAGGAAGAUGUUGACACAGCUUUACUUAAGUUAUAUGCAGAGGCAAAUCAUGAAAGUCUUCUGGAUCUGCUAGUUUCGGAGAAUUUUUGUCUUUUAACAGAUAGUGCUGCUUGGCUAGAAAAACACAAAAAGUAUUUUGCCCUUGGUCUCCUUUAUCACUACAAUGGUCAGGACGCUGCAGCACUUCAGUUAUGGGUGAAAAUAGUGAAUGGAGACAUUCAAGACUCUACACGUUCAGAUCUGUAUGAAUACAUCGUGGACUUCCUUACAUUCUGCUCAGACCAAGAUCUAGUGUGGAAAUACUCAGAAUGGGCUUUACAGAAAAAUGAAGAGGUUGGAGUACAGAUUUUCACUAAAAGGCCUUUGGAAGAACAGGAAAAAAACAACAUUAAUCCAGAUGAUAUCAUCGGUUGCCUUAAUAAAUACCCAAAGUCACUUGUUAAAUAUCUAGAACAUCUAGUGUUGGAAAGAAAAAUAGAGAAGGAGAAGUACCAUACCCAUCUAGCUGUCUUGUAUUUGGAAGCAAUACUUCAGCUGCAAUCUGUGACAACAGAUAAUUGUACAGAAACAACUGAACUGCUGUUUAAACUACGCGGUCUUCUUCAGAAAUCUGAUCUUUAUAGAAUUCACUUUAUUUUGGAUAAAAUCCGGGGCACGGAUCUUCAUAUGGAAAGUGCAAUUUUAUAUGGGAAGCUAGAAGAACAUGAGAAGGCUUUGCAUAUCCUGGUCCAUGAGUUAAAGGACUUCCAUGCUGCUGAAGAAUACUGUAUAUGGAACUCUGAGAACAGAGGUCUGCAGUACAGGCAGAGGCUUUUCCAUAUGCUUCUGUCAGUAUAUCUAAAUACAGGCACUUCAGACUCUGCACUAGUCAUGGCUGCUGUGGAUCUGCUGAACAACCAUGCUGCUGAAUUUGAUGCAGCUCUAGUUUUGCAGCUGGUGCCUGACAGCUGGUCAGUGCAGCUUCUGUCCCCAUUCCUGGCUGGAGCAGUGAGGCAAAGCGUUCAUACAAAAAGAAUGACUCAGAUUGCACUUGGAUUAGCACAAGCUGAAAACUUAAUCUACAAACAUGAGAAGGUUAAACAAAAAGGAACCCCAAUUCUUCUUUCAGAUAAAAAGGUCUGUCAGGUGUGCCAGAAUCCCUUCUGCAAGCCUGUAUUUGUGCGAUACCCAAAUGGGGGUAUGGUCCACACACACUGUGCUGCAAACAGACAUCUGAAUUCAAAAAUGACUCAUCACUCUUCCAACUCCAGCAGUCAGACUUGAAAUACGUUCCAGGUGCCACAGGUUCCCAUGACUUUUACACCAUUGAAAGUGGGCUGGAAAAAGAACGAAGUGCAGCUACUUUAGGUAUAAAUCAAGAUGAACAGAUAGUCCUUGGGUUAAUGGGAAGACUUUAUUAAAUAUGAAAUAUGGCCACUUAUCUUGUUUUUAAUGAAUGUAGAUAGAAGAGAAAAUUCACUACCAGAAAUGGAGACGUGCAAAUAUAGGUUCUUCUGUAUAUAGUAAUAAACAAUUAAAGAAAAUGAGCCAUUUCUUCACAGUAAAGAUGAAUGUUAGGGAGAUAAGGCAAACGGCUAUUCUGAGAAAUGUCACUUUGCACUGAAGGGGGUGUUGAUAAAUUUGUACAGGUGGAGAUGACAUCGUUGGGAGCUGGAAUUCUUGGAAUGUUACAUGACAAGACUGGCAUAAUGCAGCUUAUUAUCAAGAAAAAAAUGUGUAUUGGUUAUAAUGUUGGCUGCAAGAUGUCCUCCUUUGGGCUGAAUUCUCUUCCCUAGGAUCACAUUAUGAGCUUGUUCUUUGCUC